AUGGUGAAGAUGUAUUCUAUACAGAGAAAUCAAUUAUACACCAUAGUGACCUCAAAUGAGAGUGUCCUUCAUCUGCGUUGCAAGAAGAAAUGUGGAUGGUCUCUAAGGGGUACCAGGACAAGUGAGCACUCGGGUGGCUUCACCAUAGUCACAUACAAAGGCCCGCACCGGGAGAACUGUGUUACCAAAGUACUAUCUACUGAUCACUCACACUUGGAUUCGUCCAUAAUAUCUGAGUUUGUGAAGUCCUUUGUGCAGAAAGAUCCGACUCUAAAAGUUGAAUUCAUUCAGGAACUUAUCUCCAAGCAAUUCCAUUUUGAAGUUCCGUAUAAAAGAGCAUGGUAUGCCAAGGACAAAGCCAUCACUCAAAUUUUUGGGGAUUGGGAGAGUUCUUACAGCAGACUUCCUCAGUUCAUGCAAGCACUGCAACAGUCAAACCAGGGAACCGUAGUCAUAUGGAAACACAAAGCUCUAGUGGAGGGUAGGUAUACCAGCAACAUGGAAGUAUUUGAACGAGUGUUUUGGGCAUUUGGUCCUUGUAUCGAUGGUUUCAAACAUUGUAUGCCUGUUAUCUGUAUCGAUGGGACGCACUUGUACGGGAAGUAUAAAGGAACACUUUUGGUUGCUACAGGUGUGGAUGGAAACUUCCAAGUAUUUCCACUAGCAUUUGCGUCGGUUGAGGGGGAAAACAUUUCCAGCUGGUCUUGGUUUAUGAGCUGCCUACGGGAUAGAGUUACGCAACGAGAUGGCUUAUGUGUUAUAUCUGAUCGACAUGCAGGGAUCAUUGUAGCAAUGAAUGAUCCUAACAUUGGAUUCACUCAACCCCGAGCCUAUCACAGGAAUUUGAGGAUUGUUCUUAUUCAAGAACAAAAGGAGUAUGUCUUUGAUGAGGAAAUGCCUGACACUCCAAAUGAGGAGGUCACACAGGCUGCCCUAAACCGGUGGAUUGUUUCCAACCGGGAUGUCAAAUGCAUCAUGUUAGCCACAAUGUCUCCAGAUCUUCAAAAGACAUUGUUUGAGAAGGAGAUGGCGUUUGAGAUCAUAUCUGAACUUUAG